AUGACUCCGCAUAAAGAUGAGGUGAAGACUGAGUCGUUACCAGCAGAUUUAAUGAAACAAAAAGCUGGACCACAUUGUAUAAGUAGCAGCCAUAAUAAUCUACCAGUUAGUAGGGUGACGGUUCAUCCUCUCGUCCUACUCAGUGUCGUCGAUCAUUUUAAUCGUGUCAGCAAAACACAAAGUGUUAAACGAGUUGUGGGCGUCCUACUAGGUUCUAUGAAGAAAGACAGGAGUUUGGAUAUUGGAAAUAGUUUUGCAGUACCUUUCGAUGAAGACGAAAAGGACAAAAGCACAUGGUUCCUCGACAUGGACUACCUCGAGAGUAUGUAUAGCAUGUUCCACAAGGUUGCAGCUAAAGAGAAGAUUGUCGGUUGGUAUCACACCGGACCAAAGUUGCAUAAGAAUGACAUCGCAAUCAAUGAGCAAAUGAAGCGUUUCACUCCGCACCCAGUUCUUGUAAUCAUUGAAGCAGAACCGAAAGAUAUCGGUCUCCCGACGGAGGCCUACAUAGAAGUGCAAGAAGUCCAUGAUGAUGGUACUCCUCCAAUUAAAACCUUUGAACACGUAGCAAGUGAAAUAGGAGCUGAAGAAGCUGAAGAAGUGGGAGUGGAACACUUACUGAGGGACAUUAAAGAUCAGACUGCUGGCACUCUGUCUCAACGGAUCACGGAUCAGUUGAUGGGACUCCGGGGUCUUCACUCACAACUGGUAGAUAUAGAAAAGUAUCUGCAAGAUGUUGCAGCCCAUCGUCUUCCUAUCAAUCAUCCCGUCAUUUAUCACAUUCAGGAGGUAUUGAAUCUCCUGCCGGAUGUCACUCACCCUGACUAUGUAACUGCUCAAAACGUGCAGACAAACGACCAGUUGAUGUGUGUUUACAUGGGAUCGUUAGUGCGUUCUGUGAUUGCACUGCAUAAUCUUAUUGAUAAUAAGGUAAGUACUCUUCAAAAGGCGGAGAACGAACAAGAAGAUGGUAGCGACAAGAAAAAAGAUGAGAAAAAGAAGGAUGAGAAAAAAGAAAGCAAGGAUUCCAAGAAAGACGAGAAGAAAAAGGAAGAGAAGAAGGAUAAAUCAGUUUCGAAAGCGAAGAAACCAUGA